UCAGCGGGAGUACAAUAAUGAGUGCACAACCAGGAACUCACUGUAAACAUAGGAAAAUCCUGUCUCUUGGAGAUAUUCACUUCUUACAUUUGAAUCACCCUGGAUUAACGCUGGAGGAAGCUGUUGCUUUACUUGAACUGUAUUUAGUUAUUAUGAUUAUUUCCUUCUCCUGGGCACUGUAUUUCUUGUUUGUUUCCAAGCCAGUGAUGGGGAAAAUCUAUUGAAUAAACGCUUCCUGACGUCUUUGUGUCAUUAGGGAAAAUGGAUUUCUCCAAGUUCCUAGCGGAUGACUUCGACGUGAAGGACUGGGUGAAUGGCGCUUUUAAAGUAGCGCAGAAGGACGCACCAGGAAAGGCAGAUGCACAUGCAGCUACACUGGUGAUGAAACUGCAGCUCUUCAUCCAGGAAGUAAACAAUUCCAUCGAAGAAAGUAGUAUUCAGGCUGUCCAGAACAUGCCACGUGUGUUGCGUGACGUGGAGGCGCUGAAACAGGAGGCUUCAUUUCUGAAGGAGCAGAUGGUUAUGGUGAAGGAAGACAUCAAAAAGUUUGAACAAGAUACAGUGCAAUCCAUGCAGGUCCUGGUGGAAAUUGACCAGGUGAAGUCUCGGAUUCAGCUUGCAGCAGAGGCCUUACAGGAAGCAGACAAAUGGAGCACGCUCAGUGCAGACAUUGAAGAAACAUUCAAAACUCAGGAUGUGGCUUUGAUCUCCAGCAAACUGGCAGCAAUGCAGGGCAGCUUGACAAUGCUGGUGGACACGCCCGACUACAGUGAUAAGUGUGUCCAGCUGGAGGCUCUGAAGAACCGUCUGGAGGCACUGGCGAGCCCUCAGAUUGUGGCCACUUUCAACUCUCUGUCCAUAGACCAAGCCAAACUGUUUGUGAAAGUCUUCAGUGAGAUGGACAGAAUGCCACAGCUGUUGGCAUAUUACUACAAGUGUCAUAAGGUGCAGUUGUUGUCAGUGUGGGAGAGACUGUGUCAGAGUGAUACCCGUCUGAAGCAGCAGCUCUCAGAGUUCUAUGAUACACUGCUGUCUACGUGGCACUCUCAGCUGCAGUGGAGCAGUCAGGUCUUCAGAAAUCCAUAUGAGGUUGUGACCGUACUGAUGAUCCAAACUCUCAGCGCUAUGGUGCCAUCCAUCCCAGAAUGCAUAGCAGUGGAGCUAAAGGGUUGCCCAGGAGAAGAUCGCCUGGACACCCUGUUAGAGCUCCACCAAACCGCAGCGAACUUCAGCCGUAGCCUAGAGACAGCCAUGUUGCCUCAUCUGGCGGAGUGUAACUUACUGAAGGUGGGGGAGCUGGUGUCUUGUGUGUAUGCGCCAUACAAAGCCUACCAGCUGCAGUAUGGAGAGCUGGAAGAGACUAAUCUACUCAUUCAGCUCAGUGCUGUACCACUGGAGAGAGGUGAGGUGCUGGACUGUGUUCUGGAGCUCACACACUCCGUGCAGAAAGUGUUUGGUUUGGCUGCGGCCGCUGCCGACCGCUGUGUGAAGUUCACAGAUGGCCUGGGUGUGUGUGGUCUUAUUCGGGCCCUGCGAGCGCUUUUUAGCAAGUAUGUGUCUGAUUUUUCAGUCACUCUGCAGUCAAUCAGAAAGAAGUACAAGUUGGAGGACCAACCCACCUCAGAAGUGUUCACUGAAGACUGGACAGCCUUCCAGAACUCUGUCAGAAUUAUUGCCACAUGUGGAGACCUGUUGAGACAGUGUGGAGCCUUUGAACAGCAACUUUCCAAUAAGAUCCUGGCAAGGGCAGGGCACUUUCUGUGGGAGGGGUACAGCCCGCGCAGCCUGACUGGACUGCAGGAGGGUGUGACGGAGAGGAGGGGCCAGAAAAACCCCUGGCAGGAGUUCAAUUACCUACAGCAGAGCAACAUGGCUGAGUACAACAACCUGCUGGAGACGCUGUUCUCUCUGAAGGAGAAAGGCACCGGUAACUCUAGCCUGCUGGCUGAGACACGCGCAUCUCUCACACGCUUGAACCAGCAGGCCAAUCAGCUUGCCUUCGACUCCGUCUUCUUACAGAUCAAACAGCAGCUCUUCCUCGCCAACAAACCCGAGGGUAAGGGUUCCAGCUGUUUGGGGGAAUCUCUCUCUGAGGACCUCCCCACUUUUAGUCUGUCUCCACAGGAAUACAUCACCAAUAUUGGCCAGUACAUUAUGUCUCUGCCAUUACACCUGGAGCCAUUUGUGACUCAAGAGGACCCAGCCCUGGAGCUUGCAUUGCACACAGGGAAACUCCCUUAUCCACCUGAGCAGGGUGAUGACGUCCCAGAGCUGGAGAAUACAGCUGAUUACUGGCUGGGCUCCAUUGCCAGGGCAACCAUGCAGACUUACUGUGAUGUCAUUGUUCAAAUUCCGGAGCUCACUCCUCAUGCCACCAAACAGCUGGCCACGGACAUUGAUUACCUUAGCAAUGUGAUGGAUGCGCUGGGCCUGCAAACGUCUAGAAAUCUCCAGAACAUUGUGAAUCUUCUACGAGCCAAGCCAGACCAGUUCCGUCAGAUGGCCAAACCCCUCCCCCGCAGGCUGACCUCCACCAUCGCGGCCAUGAGAGGAAUCGAGUGAGGGCGAAAUUGGAGGAAUACGGGCAACCAUAGAGGGAUCAAAGGAGGAAUGGCACGCAGACCACAGGCCGCUAUCUCCUCACUCCAGUCACUCCGAGACACGUCCCUGUCUAAACGUCUGGUGAACACUACAGAAACUGUACAGGGUUUUCAUGCUUUGGUCACCUGGUGUUUCCAGCCUGUGAUAAUCAUGUCUAACUAGAUGUCUCUUCAUUUGUUUCAUGACUCUUCUUAUUAUAUCUGUGGUUAAACAAGUUUAAUUCUGUGAAAAGAACUGGGAUUUUAACCUUCCUUUGCUUGUAUGUUUUAAAAAUGAAUAAAUUUGUCCCCUUCCCUGA